GGUCAACUCGCUUUGUUGUUACGCAAUGAAACGUGACGCACCUGGUUUAUUGAAAUAAAAUCACCAUUAACCUGUCAACAAGGUCAUGACCAACAAACCUAAAUUCCUGUUGAUCUAUGGUUCGCAGACAGGUCAGGCUGAGGCCAUCGCGGAGGAGAUCCGAGACAAUGCAGGCGCUCAGGGACUGGAAGCAGACUUGCACUGCAUGGACAAGACAGAGAAAAAAUUCAACCUAGACCGAGCCCCAUGUGUCGUCAUCGUAGUGUCCACAACUGGUGAAGGGGAUGCACCCGACAAUGCUCAGAAACUGUGGAGAAGAUUGAAGAAACGAACACUACAGCCUGAUCACCUCGGUCGACUCAAUUAUGCUCUCUUAGGACUGGGCGAUUCCAACUAUGUCUCUUUCUGUAUGUGUGGGAAAAACUUCGAUCGCCGUCUUCAGGAGCUUGGUGCCAGACGAUUCUACAACAGUGGCUGGGGUGACGAUGCAGUUGGGUUAGAGGUUGCUGUCGAACCCUGGAUCCAAGGUUUGUGGGAACCACUUCGAAAGUUCCUAGGCCUCGAAACGGAAACUACCACCGGGAUGAACGAGACUUCAAACGGGAAAUCUGAACGGCAACUAAAUGGACAUUCUGAGGAACGAUAUAUCAAAGAAAACGGCGACGUUGAGAAGGGAGAUGGUGAUACUUCAACGUCUGGAAGUAUAAUUCCGAUCGGAAAUACAAUAGGGAAUUCUUGGAAUGGCGAUUCCAAGAAUAUGAAAACGGAGGCACCAUCAGCUGAAAGCGACACUGUUCCUAAUGAUCUAUUUUCUAGUCAAACUGAAGAUAAGAUGCAUUCAAACAAAACGGACAAGGCUUGUUCAACCGGAAGCCAUAGUGAGGAAGAGUUUUCUAAAAAGACAACGUGUGAUGUCGGUGAAGAGACCAAGGUUUUUGAUGUGACAACUGGAACUAAUGUUACCAGCCUGACUGAUGUUACCGCAGUGACUGGUGAUACGGCAUUGACGGAUGUUUCCAAAGUGACUGAUGUUACCUCAAUGACUGACGACACCAAAGUUUCUGUUGCGAGGAUGACUGCACCUAGUUUGUGGACGUCUGUUGCCCCAUUGAGCGAGAGUGGGUUGAGUCUUCCACCGCUUGCUGCCACGUAUCUCGUCGUUGAAUAUAAGGAGGAGUUGACGGAUGUUUCUAGUCUGCCCAUCCAGAAUGGUCACAAGUUGCCCUCGGCCGCGACCGAUGUUACCAUGGUGCCCGUCGCCAAGGUAACCAAGCUCACCAGGGACGAUGCUGUGAAAACUGCCCUCGAGAUAGAGCUGUCUUUGGAAGGAACAUCGCUCGCAUACAGGCCUGGGGAUUCUUUCAGCGUCAUCUGUCCAAAUCAAGAUAGAGAAGUUGAGAUGAUCAUCAAGAGGUUGUCCCUCGAAGACGUCUGUGAUAAGACCUACGCCCUGUCCAUUAUGUCUGGAACGAAGAAGAAGAACGCAUCCAUACCGGGCCACCUCCAUCCUGCCGCUACGCUCAGGCACACGUUGCUGACGUGUUGCGAUAUCAGACAACCACCCAAAAAGGCAUUUUUACGGAUGCUUGUCGAGUACACGGACAACCCUGCCGAGAAGCGCCGCCUACAGGAGCUUUGCAGUAAACAGGGAGCCGCCGAUUACACAAGUUAUAUCCGGGAACCAAAUCUAGGGAUUAUAGACAUUCUGGCUGUUUUCGAGAGCUGCCAUCCCCCGGUGGAGGGACUCUUAGAACACCUGCCAAGACUUCAACCAAGGCCCUAUUCAGCUUCCAGUUCGCCAUUGAGUCAGCCAAACCGUCUGAGAUUUGUGUUUAAUACGGUAGAAAUUCCCGCUGGGGAUGGGCGAGGUUUCUCUAGGCCUGGAGUGUGCACCGGCUGGUUGUCCUCUUUGGCCAAUUCACCCGUGGAAUCACCACUUGGUGAGGCAUCCCUGGAAGAAGAUAUAGAGAAUCUGAAGAUAACAGAAAACCGCCCAAAGAUUCCGGUCUUUUUGAGAACCAGCCAACACUUCCACCUCCCAGAGGAUCCGUCUUUGCCUGUGAUCAUGAUCGGACCCGGGACGGGCGUCGCACCAUUCAUUGGAUUCUUGAGUCACAGGCAGGAGGAGGUAGCAGUACGCGGCACGCAGUUCGGUAAGAUGUGGCUCUUCUAUGGCUGCAGACAUAAGGAAAGGGACUAUCUUUACGAAAAGGAAAUAAAGGGUUUCAAAGAUGAGAGGCUCCUCACUGAAUUGUCCGUGUGUUUUUCUAGAGAUCCUAUCGAGGCUCCACAAGGGAACGUCGGGACUGAGGAGGCUCCUAAAGAUAGGACUACUCCAAAGUAUGUUCAGGACAAUAUCAGAUUACACGCUGAAGAUGUCUUGCGUUGGAUUUGCGACGAGGACGCUGUGGUUUAUGUGUGCGGCGAUGCCAAGAAUAUGGCACGCAAUGUGAAUGAGACGUUUGCAGAAUUGUUGACGAAAUUGCGGGGAAUCGAGGAUGCCAAGGGGUACUUGAUGAAGAUGCGUCUCAAGAAACACUACCAUGAAGAUAUAUGGACGUGAUAUAAUUCAAGUUAGAGUGAUUGUCAAAAUGAUUAGCGUGAGAUGAUAUUGCUGACAGGCCGGCCUCUUGGCAACAUACAGUAGCAGAGAGUUCUGGAAUGAAAGUCUUGGAAGUCUUUCUGCAGCAGUGUCUUCUCAGGAACUCCGUGACGGUAUCAUAUAUGUGACUCGCUCUACCAAAACUAGGCGCUUGUCGCAUCUGAACUUGACAGGUUGAUACGGAUUUGUUGUUCAUUUCCCUAUUGUAGACCUUUUGUGAAAUCUAUUACAAACUGAUUUGGUCACAUUUCACAAAAGGUCUACAAUAGGGAAAUGAACAACAAGUCCGUAUCAACCUGUCAAGUUCAGAUGCGACAAGCGCCUAGUUUUGGUAGAGCGAGUCACAUAUAACUUUUGGUCGAUAUGGUACUCGGCUGUUCCACCUUUAAUAUUUUGAUUUGUACCAUGGUGCCUUACAAGACUUAGGUCAUAUUUGUUUGUUAAUAAAUACUUCUAUAUUUCUUUGUAAGUCUUAUACAUGUAUGGUAAAAAAAGUCACUUCAUGUCUUGCCUUAUCGUAAAACAUAAAUCUAAAUGCCGAGGAGGUUAUAUUUGAGAUCAUGACUAAAUGAAUGUAUUGUUUCAUGGUAAAAGUCCAGAUCAUCAAUGGCAAGUAUAUGUAGCAAUCAAAACUUGUUUUUCAUCAUCAUCAUCAUCAUAAUUAGCGGAUUCGUAACCAUUUAUUGAUUCUUCCGCGUAAAAAUCAACAGAAUAAGUGCGCACAGGUGCUGGUUAGUGCGCUAAACCUAAAGAGAGUCUAUAUUUUUCCUUUUUUUGUGAUUUUCCACCAACUGAACUGGUGCUCCUCCUGAAUAUCUUAUGCCAUUCACUGAAAGGCACAGCUAACUUGCUUUGGACUAACUGGGCAAUGUUGAAAUUGACAAUGACUGUCACAUCUGAGACUACACCAAGUAUAGCUCAGCGAAACCAACAUGACUAACGUUAACAUGAAUAAGAAACUAUUGGACUCGAGAUUUAUGAUAUCAUACAUACACACAUACACAUACUGCAUAGGCUAAAUAGCCUGUAGCAGGUUUUUUCUUCUUAUUAACUCUUUCCGUUUCCGUGGGCGUGGCUGGGUUGGUAGGGAAAUUUACGAUUCUUUGGGUGUUAGGCUGCAAAGUUCGGAUUUGUAGUCUAAGUCUAUUCUAUUUUUGAAUAUGUUGAGGGAUUCUGCAUUUACUAUAUUUUCUGACAGGCUAUUCCAUGGAUCUACGAUUCUGUUUGAGAAAAAGUACUUUCGAAUAUCGAUAUUAGCUCUUGGUUUAUUUAAUUUAUAUGAAUGUCCUCGGGUUUGGUGUGAGACAACAGCCGGUAUCGGUAUUGAAAUAUUUAUCCAUCCUCCUUUUGAAAAUGUCUACGUUUAAAAAAUGAA